AUGAAUAGACCAAGGGAUGCAGAUUUGAUUCCCUUGGACCCGGAGAUUGAAAGAACCUUUAGAGCCAGAAGAAGGGAACAACAGGGGUUAGCUGGAAUUGAAGAAAUGGUUGACGGAGUAGGUGGGAAUAAUCAAGGUAAUCAAGUGGUAGUAAUAGCAGAGGAUAGGGACAGGGCCAUCAGGGAUUAUGCCAUCCCCAUGCUCGAUGGUUUGCAUCCAGGCAUUGUGAGGCCAGAAAUCCAGGCAACUAAGUUCGAGUUGAAGCCAGUCAUGUUCCAAAUGCUCCAAACUGUGGGGCAGUUUAGUGUGAUGAUAACCGAUGAUCCACACAUGCACCUUCGGCUUUUCAUUGAAGUAUGUGAAGCAUUUAAGGCCCCAGGUGUGACAGAAGAGGCUCUUCGUCUCAAGUUAUUUCCUUAUUCUCUAAGGGACCGAGCUAGAGCAUGGCUGAAUUCUCUGCCACCAGAUUCGGUAGCUAAUUGGAAUGAUUUGGCUGAGAAAUUUCUGGUGAAAUAUUUCCCUCCGAACAAAAAUGCCAAACUUAGGAAUGAUAUCACAUCAUUUCAGCAGUUGGAAGGGGAAGCUCUAUGUGAAUCAUGGGAACGCUUUAAGGAAUUAUUGAGGAAGUGUCCAUACCACGGGCUCCCCUAUUGGAUUCAAAUGGAAACCUUCUACAAUGGGCUCAAUGCUUCGACUAGAGCCAUGGUGGACGCAUCAGCAAAUGGAGCCUUACUUGUGAAGUCAUACAACAAGGCUUAUGAAAUUUUGGAAAGAAUGUCUAACAACAAUUACCAGUGGCCCACCGAAAGAGUUUCUGCAGGGAGACGAGUGGCAGGAAUUCAUGAAGUAGAUGCGGUGACUGCGUUGACUGCUCAAGUUUCUUCUCUUUCCAAUAUUUUGAAGUCUCUAAAUGUGGCUGCUCCAGCUAAUGCAGCAACCCCAGUUGCAUUAACUUGUGUCUACUGUGGAGCUAAACACUCAUUUGAAAAUUGCCCAUCCAACCCCGAGUCGGUUUGCUAUGUGAACAACUUUAACCAGAAUAACAACCCUUAUUCCAACUCAUAUAACCAGGGGUGGAAGCAGCAUCUGAAUUUUUCUUGGUCGAAUCAAGAAGCUAGUUCGAUGCCAGGGCCUAGCAAACCAGCAUAUCCCCUAGGAUUUCAUCAACAUCAACAUCAAAGACAGCCACCUCAAGAGCAAUUAAAUCAGAGGCAGCCACAUCAAGCGUCAUCAACCCCUAUGGAGGCAUUACUUAAAGAGUACAUGGCAAGGAAUGACUCACUCAUUCAGGGUCAAGCAGCUCUCCUCCAGAGUCAAGCUGCAUCGUUGAGGACCUUGGAAAAUCAAGUGGGGCAGUUGGCUAAUGUUCUCAGUAAUAGACCCCAAGGAUCGCUUCUGAGCGAUACGGAAAACCCAAGAAGAGAUGGUAAGGAACAGUGCAAGGAGCAUUGCAAAGCUAUCACACUUCGGAAUGGUAGAGAAAUUGAACAACCAACUCAAUAG